AUGGUAGCAAUUGGUGAACAUUGCUUCCAGAUUCAAUGGUCCAGAUACUUCCACUCCAUUGCACCGCCUUCUCUACACAAAUACUUUGCAACCAAUCCAGAAGUCAUAAUAAGAGAAAUGGAUUACAUGCGAAGAGUUUCAAAGUUGCUGCACUCGACUGAUCCUCGGAUCAUUACCAACUAUGUUUUCAUUAGGUUUGUCAUUGAUUGGAACGAACGGGGAGAACUCGGAGACCGAUUCGAAGACGUAGGUUUCAAAAACUAA